GAUCAGGGGGAAAAUGACGUUGGAUCAGGGUAGUCACGUAGGAUGCUAAUAUGAUGUAUCGCAAAGGAACGUUCUGAUCUAAUCAUUCUUAGAAUUUUAUGUUUUGUCACUAACAGUAUGUGAUGUUUGGCCUUCUUAGAAAUAGAUUUUUGAAAAUGAAUAGUGGACAUUUUAGGAGCCACGUUUGGGAUCCUAAACUACUUUGCUUACAAAUUGUGGCGAUGCAAAGCCAGUUUUACUUCAUGUUUGGGAUGUGGACUUACCUGAUGGACAUAAUAGGCAGAUUUGAUGCGUCAAUGGACCAGUUAUUUACACAAACUGAUCUUGACUUGCUUGAAGACUCGGGAAGAGUUCAAGUUAUUGCUUUUCUUUUGAAUAGCCUUACAAGUGCUGUAGCAUUGUGGUACAUAGUCCAAAGAGCAAAACUUUGUUUGGACUUUGCAGUGACAGCCCAUUUCUUUCACUUCCUAGGAUGCUGGAUAUUUAAUCGACACAUUCCACAAACUCUCCCCUGGUGGAUUUUGAAUGUGAUAGGAUGUGCUUUAAUGACAGUGUGUGGAGAAUUCUUGUGUAUGAGAACAGAAAUGAAGGCCAUUCCACUAGCAAUGGCAGGGGCCAAAGUGGAUUUGUAAAUGUCAUUCAUAUCCACAAACUUAGUCCUUGUGCAUUCUGUAUAAAUGAUAUUCAUAAUCAUGCCACCAUUUGAACAAAUAGGCAAAUACUUUUUUUUUCAUCUUAUAUACAUAUAUAUAGUCAGUUCAAGUUAAUGACAUUAAAACACCAUUUCUUGUUAUAAACUCUUGCAAUUUGGGAUGUAGAAACUUGUUUGAAUGAUAAUAUCCAACAAUCUUUCAUCUUUCAAAGUUUUGUUAAGUAUCCAUGUAUGUUAACUCGAUGAUUUAUUUAUGUGUCCAGCACCAUUGUAUCAGAAAACUAAUGAUGUGUAUGACUCUAGUUAAAGUCAUACACCAUGUUCAGUUUUGUACAGUAAUUUUGAAUAAAGACUUUAAAACACAGAA